GAACGGGUCGCGGAUAUCGCGUUGUCGCCUCCGUGCGUGGACCAAUCAGAGCGCUCGCCGUCCACUUGUCACCAGGGUUCAAUUUGUCGCGUGUCGUUCCUGAUGCCUGAAGACAAACAACAGGGAAUUACAGACGAUAGAAUCCUCGUGUAUUGUCAACGCCUCGGUAGGGACCCGAGCUACAAAGAGCUCGCCGACUGGAGACAGAAAACUGACCGCGAACACCCGCGGUGUCAAGACCAUAAAAUCAGCUCGCGGAUCGGCAAGGCAUCUCAGUUCUGAAUCGUACAUCGCCAAGAGAAGUCAUGCCGGUCGAACUGCGAGAGAGACGAGCGAAACGCUCCGAGCCUGAACCCGAGGACAUCCCCGUCCUCCCCGCCGAUGACAGGACCGUGGAGCCCCCCAAGAAGCGGCGGAGAAAGGUGAAGAAGGCGCCGAAGAAGACCAAGAAGGACUGCGCUGAGAAGAAGACCAAGAAGCAGCCCGAGGCUCCGGAAGACGAGCAGAAGGUCCCCAAGCCGAAGAAGAAAUACCCGUACAAGUACAGACCCCGACCGAACGCUGCUGUCAAGGAGAGAGAAAGACUUGUGGUGUUCAACCAGGCCUUCGCCCAGCUCCAGGACAAGUUGCCGGAGAGACUCCAGCUGAGCCAGGAGAAAAGGAUGCCGAAGAAGCUGAUCCUCCGCUUCGCCGUGCGCUACAUCAAGUACCUACAGGAGGAGCUGGAGCGGGGUCCCGGGGAGCCGGCCCCGGCGGAGAUGGCGAUGUCUCCCGAGCUCAGCCUCUGGGGUACGGCGGACGAGGAGGAGAAAGGGUCGGAAGUCGGGUGGCAGAUCGGCGGAAGUCCCGUGGAGAGUUCCGCUUCCGAGUCGAGUAUGGAGUUCAUCGACUUGUGCGAGCUGGCGUCCCCGUUCAGAGCCGCCGCCGGGAAAUUGGACCAGCUCGCCCCGAGAGCGGGGGAGGGGACACCGGGGCUGGCCACGCGUCCGCCGGCAGUCCACACGCGCGCGCCCGGCGGGAACACCGGGAAAACCAACGAGCCGUGCACCGCCACAAACCCCAGGAACUCUCCCCUGUACAGGACAACUCUCCCGAACACACAGCUCACGCACAGGCCGCUGUGCAAGUGUGCGGAGUGCUCCACACCGCUUCUGUCCGACGACCUGCCCGCGGUGCACCCCGCCACCCCUCCCGACCACUCUGCCGCCUUCCCCCUCGGGGACUACAUCGACUUCUUCCCGAGCUACGUAGACUCGAUCCCAGACAUCCGCGGCGAACUCCCGUCCCUUCCCGACGACUUCUCCCCCGACAGUCCGCUCGCGACCGUUCCCCUCUCCAUGUUCGAACUGGACUCGCGACUCACGGACCGUCCCGCGACCAAAGGCUCCCCGGUCUACCACCAGCCUCUGUCCCCGUACAACACACAGGUCACCUCGCCGAGCUUUUACGACGACGAUCUGCACUUCAAGUUGGUUCACUAGCCUAGGUAUUACAGAGAACAGAGACUAUUCUAUAUCUAAAUUGUAAAUAUUUGAAGGCUCUAUUAUCUGACAUUUUUAUUACUCUGUGAAUGUCAUUUGUGUGUUAUAGAUAUAAUGUUUGUAGAUUUUCCAGAAAUUCAAUUUUACUGCCCAAAGCCUGCCUGAAGGCUAGCUUAUCCUUAGUAUGUCGUAUUCUGUGUAUCUCCUUCGCCCUACAAAUAUAUGUUGCAAAGAUAGAGCUAAAAUUUGUCAAACAGAUCUAAACGCAAUGGUAUUUUCGUCUUUUUUGUCUAAAACUGUGUAAAAUAAC